AUGCCGUGGCUUAAACGCCUCAAUCCGAUGAUUAAUUGGGACACCGGUGACUUUUGGUUUGGCAAAGAUGCCAAAUGGCCACUGAAACCCACCAUUGAAGAUGUACCAGAUGAAGAAAUUUCAAUUUUCAAGAAAGAUGACUUCCUGGAGUUAAUCACCACUGAAACUUCUCCGACCUCAUUUGGACAUUCAGAAUCUAUCAGAGAAAUCAUGGUCAACGACACUGAGCGUGGCAAGUUACCCGCAGUGCGAAAUGAUACCGAGCCAGAUGACCCACUAUUAGAAUCCUCUAUGGAUCAGUUGGAUGAUGACAAUCUAGUUAUCUCCUAUAUCGCAGGAGAACCAGUUAUUGGAAUAUUCGAACCCAUCAGGAAGGAAUCACCUUUGACAAAUAAAGAGACUGGAACCGCAGUCUUCACUAUAUGA